AUGACGACUCGCGUCCAGCAGCCGGCGACGGCGGCCGCCGCCGGCGGCGGCAUCAAGAGCAAGGCGCCACCGGUGCCGCAGGGACGGCGCGGCGGCUCGCCGGCCGGCCCGGCCAACUCCAACGCCAUCCUGAAGGAGGCCGUCGACGCAGUGGUCAGCAGCUUCGCCAAGCACACACAGGGCUACGGCAGAGAACUGUCCAACGAAGGCAGAGGCGCGCCGAAGUGCCGCCAAGAUCGCACUGAUGAACUCGGUCUUCAACGAGCACCCAUCGCGGAGGAUAUCAGACGACUUCAUCGAACGUGCCGUCGAAGAUGCACGGUCGACCUUCAAAGGAAGUCAGGACGCAGCAGAUAAUCCCAACACCGGCAUUGGCGCGUUCCGGUUUAUGUUGGAAUCGAACAAGGGCAGGACCAUGCUGGAGUUCCAGGAGCUCAUGACCGUAUUUCAGCUGCUUCACUGGAACGGUUCACUGAAGGCGAUGCGCGAGCGCCAGUGCUCGCGGCAGGAGGUGGUGGCCCACUACUCACACCGCACCCUCGACGACGACAUGCGCUCCCAGAUGGCGCUCGACUGGAUCGCCAGGGAACAGGAGAUGACCAACAUCAUCGCGCAGGAGCUGCACGCCGCCGAGGAGGAGCUGGAGCAGGCGCGCCUGGCCGGCCGCGAGCUGCGCUUCCCCAAGGAGAAGAAGGACAUUCUGAUGCUGGCCUGCGCGCAGCUCAACGGCGUCGACACCAUCUCGUAGAGUCGGCGGCGUCGGC